CAGUUCGCGUAAUGUUCCUGUUGUGUGUUUAAUCUCUCCUGUACCUUGCUGCAGCGAGAUCAUAUUAUUUAUCUACGGCUGAGAUCACGGAUAAAGAUACUUCUGUUACGUUCUUCAACGUAAGGUGCCGGGCUUUAUUAUCGAUCAGAGGAAGGGAACCUUACUUCGUUCUAUUGGAUUGUUUAUAACUUCGUUGUUCUGGACUUGAUGAAAUUGAUAUUUACAUGACAAUUUCACGGAACAGGCAUUCGUAUCUUUACAAAAAGUCACAGCUUUGCUCACGAGUAUUGAUUUGAUGUUAUUGUAAAGGAUUGACAAGUUUUUGUUGCAAAUAUGGUAUUAACGAAGGAAUACCGCAUAUGUAUGCCGCUUACCACGGAAGAGUAUCGUAUAGGACAGCUAUAUAUGAUUGCAAGACAUAGUCAUGAACAAUCUGAUAACGAAGGAGGAGUCGAAGUAGUUCAAAAUGUAGAGUGGGAGCAUCCCGAGUAUGGGAAGGGCCAAUAUACUGAAAAAAGAAUUCAUUUGUCUACUAAAUUACCAUAUUGGAUUCAGUCUAUUGUUCCAAGAAUUUUUUAUAUAAUAGAGAAGGCGUGGAAUUACUAUCCUUUUACCAUUACAGAAUACACAUGUUCGUUCCUUCCUAAAUUUCAAAUAUCAAUUAAAACGAGAUUCGAGGAUAGCAAUGGUUCCUCCGAGAACGUUCUAGGUCUCUCUCCUAUCGAAGUGUUACAACGCGAGGUUGAUGAUAUAGAUAUCGCAUAUGAUGAAAUUUCAGCAAAACACUAUAAAGAGGAAGAGGAUCCGAAGUUUUUUCAAUCUAAAUUAACCGGUCGUGGUCCGUUGAUAGAAGGAUGGAGGGAAACAGCACAGCCAAUAAUGUGUUCGUAUAAAUUAGUUCACGCCUCUUUCGAGGUCUGGGGCAUGCAAACUCGAGUAGAAGACUUUAUUCAUAGGUGUAUAAGGGAUAUUUUAUUACUGGCUCAUCGACAAGCAUUUGCGUGGAUCGAUGAGUGGUAUAACAUGACAUUGGAAGAUGUUAGGGAAUACGAACAAAAGAUGCAAGCUGAGACUAACGAAAAAGUACGAAUCAUGGAUAAGACCGAUGAAAAGCCAUUGACUCCUAUUUCGUCGGCUGCGUCUGUACCAUCUUCGCCGGUGGCCAAGUCUGCUGCCUGGUCAUGGUUUUCUUGGUCGUAGCUGUAAUUCUAGAAAAAUGAGAUUAGGAAUAUUGCUAGCUUGUUUAGAGAACGUUAUUAAAAAUGUGCAAUUUAUCGUCGUCGAUAUUUCCGAUUGUGUGUGUGUAUAUAUAUGCGUGUAUCCACAUUAUAGUCUGGUAACUGUAAUGAUUUUCCGGGAGUUUCUGAUUUUACAGCUCCCAGUCUUAAUUUAGAGAGAGAGAGACGUAGUAUGCUCUAAAUCUACUUUACGAAUAAUUUAUUUUACAAGGUCAUCAAGAAGCAAAAUGUCGAUAAUUUUCAGUAUUUUUUAUAGUUUCAUCAAUCUGCGUUGUUAGUAUGCGUAAGUACUAGCCGAAAGUAAUAUACAGGAUGUUCGGCCAACCCUGGGAAAAAUUUUAAUGGGGGAUUCUAGAGGCC